AUGUCGUCGCCGUCGCCCAUCCCGCCGCCCAACGACCGGCGCAACUCGCGGGCCUCCAGCCACGGCGGCUUGCCCAACGAAGCAGACGCGCUGUCCGAGCCGUCCGAACUGCGUGUGGUCGGUGGCCCUCCCAGCGCCCCCUCGCCCCUGGCCCUCCGCGCAUCCCACUCACCCUCGUCGAAGCGUCGAAAGAGCACCUGCCUCAAGCUGCCCCCGGACAUGGCCGCCCUCGAGUACCCGGCCGCGCCCGACAGCAACCUCGUGUGUCUGAUCUGCCACGCCCCCUUCGACCGCCCCGUCCAGCUGCCCUGCGAGCACUACUUCUGCCGCGACUGCCUCGACCACGCCUGGGCCCCGCAGCCCUCGGCCCGCAAGACGUGUCCCACUUGCCGCCGCCACGUCGACGCCGAGCACGCGCUUCGCCCCGUCCCCAGGAUCAUCGAGACCAUGCUGGACGAGCUGCUCGUCAAGUGCCCCAACACCAGGUCCGGCUGCACCUGGCUCGACCACCGCGUCAAUGUCCACGACCACGUCAUGCUGUACUGCGAGCACACGCCCGUCGAGUGUCCGGCCGCCGACUGCCGCCUGCACACCACCCAGAAGGACUUCCACAAGGGCUGUCUGCACUACACCGUCACCUGCGACGACUGCCACACCUCGCUGAUGAGGAGAGAUCUCGAGGAACACCAGCGGGCGCUGUGCCCCAACCGCACCACUUCAUGCGCCCUUUGUGCCGCCAUCCUGCUGCGACUGGACCUCAAGUCCCACAUCAACAACGCGUGUCCGAAACAUGUCGUUUCCUGCCAGGGUACCAUUGUUGGCUGCAAGUUCCGAUCUGAGCGCGCCGACGUGAUACAGCACGAGCUGGCAUGCGCCAUGGCCACCAUGGCCCCGCACUUUCGGGACCAGCAAGCUCGCAUCGAGAGGAAUGAAGCGCGCAUGGAGCCGUUGGCGAGAAAGGUGGGCAUCCUCGAGGACGGCCUCACAAACAUUACCAACAUGCUGUAUCCGUCCAACGCAAACGACGCCUCGUUCCCUGUGGCCGAUCACUUGGAUCCCAACGAUGCCGCAGCCGACUUCCGCCUCCCGCAAGGUUCAAUCUCACACGCCGGCCACAGCAACGACAACGGCACAAACGAACCACCCUUCGACUCGCAGAUCCAUCAUCUCCUCACGCUGCACGACAACCUGCGCGACGAAGUGUCUCGCAUCGCCAACACGCUCACAGAAGUCGAAGGCCGCACCACCAUGAUGGUCAUCAAUGAGAGCCAGCGCAACAAGGACGAGAUGCUGCACACCAACGCCGCCAUCAACAGCAUGCGCAUGCAGCUGCAUUGGCUCAUGAGUGCAACCAUACAUCAGCGAACCACUUCCACGUCGACUUCGACUUCCAGACCCUCUGCAAGCACAAACGCGGGUGCGACCAGUCGCAGCACGACGCAAGGGCCUAGUGCCCGGCCAGGGCCAAGUGGAACGUUACCUGCGCCCUACCGGAGACUGAGUGACUCAACCCGACAGGACACAAAGCUGUGA